UAGACAUGCAUGUAGACCUACCUAGUGUAAAGUAGGCCUAAUGUUUAAAAAUAUUUGGAAAAUACCUUCCAUUAUCCAUAGCAUAUUCUAUGCAAUAAACCGAUAAUAUUCGUGUGAAAAUGUAUGUCAGGUAAGGUUCAAUGGACGAACUUGACCUAUAGUUAACAAUUACCCUAAUAGUUGGAGCUCGGCGGUUGAAAUGUUCCCUGGACACCCUGAUGUGUGUCAAAUCAGUUCAGCACAGCUGGGGCUGGCGAUAUUUUAGUUAUGACUUCCACUGAACUGCUUUAGAAAAAUGCAGGAGCAAAACACAUCAGUUUCCGAUGCUGAGUUAAUUUGUUUUGGGAUUUGAGGUAAUCAUUUGUAAAAAUGUAUUUUGUUGGCUUAUUCAAAUAGCCAUUUGGGAAUUGUUUCAAAAUAACCCGUCUGUGGAUUUUCAUGACACGACUAAUUGUUUGCUUGAAGAAACCUUCGAACAAGAUAAUUAAAUGGGACAAUGAUUAACGGAGGUUUGGGGUUUCUUCAGGCAAACAAUUAGUUGUGUCAAGAAAAGUCGGUGUUUAAGGACCGGACUGGUCAGAGUUGAACUUUUUGACAGUGUCUAAAUGGUAGGUUUACUUCAGUUAGGGUAGAUAACAAUUAAUUACCGUUUAGCUCUGAAGCAUUGGUCAUGGUGCGAGCUAAUGAGUUUUGAUGAUCUAUUGCUCGUUAGACCAAUUUUGUCCUUUCUAAUUAUUUGUUCACAAUCUAGAUGGAUAUUCGCAUGGGGUCUUGAUUAGUAGACAAUGACGUGCAUGUAUGUAGUCAAUAUUUGAUCACUUGACUUAUUAUUCUUAGUUCUAUUGACAGACUGCCGAAAGAAAUGGCACACAUGGGGCCACAGACUGCUUCAUCUUUUGGAUCUUGAAUUGGACCACAACCUUUUAAUUAAAUUAGUCGAACGCUCAUUAAAAACAAUUCAAAAUAUCAUGUCCAACUGCAUCUUAGAAGUAUUCCUACUUUUGAUAAUGCCAAUAUCUAAUGGCUUCUGCGUUGUAGAUUUGCUUAAUUAUCUAUAGCCUAAUAUAAUACAGGUUUUUACAUUCAUGUCAGCCUAACAAUUGACGUUUCUAUCUUUUGGAAAGUACGAAAUAUGACUCAUCAUCACACACCCUGAUGACCCACGCCUCCUUUUAUAAACUGAGCUAUAUGACUCGCCUAGUUAAAUAAAGGUUCAAUAUUAAUACAGUAGGCCACACACCAUUUAUCUACUGCAAUCAAUUACUCUCGCACGCCCGGGACUAUAGGCCAACCCAUGUGUAUGUGCAACGUUAUGUCUCCUAAUUGUUUUAGGCCUAAGCAUAUGUCUUGUGCGACAAGCAAUGUAUAGACGGUGCCAGACGCACGGCAGUGGGGUAAGCUAUAUUACUAUGCAGGGACCAGAGGGCACGGGAGUCUCAUUGCAGGUGGUUGCCGUCGGGGACCGUUUUAGCCAGCCAUGGGUUGGUCCUGGGCAGGAGGGCCAUGAUCGUUCAAAAGGUGCAGAUGAAACGCGGAUGCUGCUGGAUGUGUGUGAUGAUGGGAUGUCUGUGUGGCAUUUUUGACUAUUUUCAUAUGAUGUGGUCGUGCCUCGAUAUGGGAUGGGGUGCUUGCCCUUGCAGGUACGGCAGUAACCCUCAAGACCCGGGUGGAGUGUCACAGACUCAACUCUAUGUUGCCAUAAGCCUUUUAUUUUAUUAUUCACGAUUUUAAUAUAUAUUAUUCAAUAGGAGUUAUAAUACCACAUUAAAGAAAAAUAUUACUUUGGCCAAUUAGCAUAAUGCGUCUUAUGGACAGAUGAUGUAACAAAAUGUAAAUGACAUGCCUGCAGGGAGACAGAAAUAUUACAGUGCUGGAGCUGAGCUAGAGGCUGACCGUGACCUUAAACCAGCUCUGGCAUGUCUAACACUCUGGCCCAUUAUUUUAAUUGAGGACCCCAAACGAGCCCAUUUUAUUGCUUGAGGCCACCAUUAUUAGCCAGAUAAUGAUACUCUUGCGAAGAAAAAAACAAGUUAUGCAGGCAAAAACUGGACCAGCCCUUCUGGCAUUUGCCCGAAAUGCCAGAUGGCUAGUCUGCCCCUAUGGGACACUGAACCACUAGCCUAGAAUUCAGUCAGUCUGGGGGCUGAAUGCCACUCGGACUAGAGGGUUAUUCUCUCUCUUUUUGUAGAAUAACAAAGUGUCCAUUCAUGUUGCUCUCCCCAGGGAACUGGGCUCUGGCCUCCGAACACGUGACUCAAACAGACCAACCUGAGAGCGCGUGUGAAAAUGAACCUGGCUGUGACAACAGCGCGAGCCACUCAACUGCCAUUGACAUUUACAAGGCCUUCCCUUACAGCUGAAUUCUGAUAGACGAUUGAAAAUAAUAGCUAUUCCUGGGUAUAGUUCGGAAUACUUUUUAUAGACUAAAUUAAAAUAGUGUAGGUUAAGAAAUACAUACAUUAUUCAUGUUUAAAAUGAAUGAAAGGUGCCCUAUUUUAGCUCUUUGCAAUUUAAAAAAUCUAGCCUAUAGACUGUUAUUACUACACAGUAGGCCUAUGUCUGUUAAAUUUCCACCUGGUUGAGGAAAGGACAUAUCCUUUUCGUAGCCUAUACCCUAGCAGAGGACUUUCCCCGCAGCUGAGAAAACAUCUGCCUAAGUUCUCCAUAUGAGUGCAAUUUACCAAACCACAUUCCCAUCAAAACGCAUAAGCCUUUGAUCUCGCACCACCGGAGGGGGCCAACCAAGUCCUGUGAACAACCAACAGUAUUAUACACAUGUGGUUGCUGGAAAACCCGCAAGAUGUCGCCAUGGUCUUGACUUGCACCUUUUGUUGCUUGGGCCCAGAAGGAUUGCUAUUUUGUUCACAGGUUUUAACCCUCAUUAACGUUAAACCGAGACGCGCAUGACCUGCAUUUUCCAGAUGUGCAUUACAUGUACACGGCCACUAGAUAGAGCCCAAGUAUCAAAAAUACGUUAUACCUUUUUUCAGUUCUUGGCCUGGGCCUGUUCCUAGUUGGAUGGAUUUCGUCAUCAUUACCGUUAUUCGCCCUCCCCAUCUCCUUCACCCCCACUCACCACCCAAACUAUACUAUCUGUGGCCGUUAGGCCUACCAUUCGUUUUUAUAGAACCAAGCCUAUCAUUACAAAAUGCGAUUUAAAUUAUCUGCAUAUAUAUACAAACAACAUCGUAUUAUUUUGUUCAUUUAUUUUAUGAGUUAUUUACUUUUAUAGGCCAAUGUUUAGGGGUUGAAUGUGCAAAUAUAAAGUGUUCGGAAAAUACGUAUCAAUACUAACCUACAUAAAUAAAAGGCUUCUAAAUAAGAAGUAAUUGGCAUUUUUCCGCCAUUUAUUUCCCAAAGUUUCACUAAGGCUCCAAUUAUCCAGGUGUGGAAAAUCUGUGAGUCGCGCAGUGCACUUGGAGGUAACAGAUGGCUGGAGCCUGUACUGCGGAUCGUCUUUUCACUGAACUAACCUAAAACAAAAGCUAAAACAGAUUGAACGCGUAUUAAGUCGUGUGGGAACGUAGGCCUAAAUAAUGCGAUUUAAAAAAUGUAAUUACGUUUUGGUCAACCUUUUUCGAUUAUUGGACCCACAGGCUAUUCCGAUUGAUAGCCUAUACCUACAAUUUGCCACAAAUAGCCUACAUGUUGUUUUUUCCAUUUUACACAACUUCUAUCAUUAAAUGAUGUCACGACAAAUAAAAAUUACCGCCUUUGAAACUGUUUCGACUUACCAAUCUUUGGGCUUGGUAAUUACGCCAUUGAUUGAUUGAUUGAAUUUAUUUGACAAGUUGUAAAAUACAUACAUAAACGCGCUCCAGCCAGUGACGCCUCCACAUACAAUUUAAGAAAAUCAUCAAGGAUAACACAAUUAAGCUUAUUAGCUUAUUUCCAUUGUGGUCCAACGGUAAUGAUGACGAAAUCCAUUCCCGGUUGUAUCAACCUUCAUCAUCCUCACACAUACACACACACACAAUAGCGAGGACAUCCAUUUUCUACCAACGCUGUCAGGGGGCUAGGGUGCACGUGGCUAAUCAUACAACGCAGCCGCAGCGUCAGUCACAGGCGUCCACAGAUGUUGCUAAGAGAGCAUCUCAGUGAGCUAGCAGAAGGAUUGGAGCGGAACAUUGGUGAUGUUUUCUCACCAAGUUGAUUUUGGAUUCUAUUUUUAUUCCUAUAUUUGGUGCAAUGUCGCCAACUCCAAGGCUGAUUUUCAUGUAUGUACUGUUCCUCUGCUGGUUGUCUCCCAGCGCGGCAGACCUAUGCAACUGGAGUGGAAGUGGUUUGGCGCGUGAGGCUGAGGCUAACUCGCGGACUGUGCAGCAGGUGCGGCUGCGUUGCACAGAGGGUUCGGUGGAGUGGGUCUACCCGGGCCAGGCGCUUCGGGUCGUCCUGGAACCCAACCUGUCCUCUGCGCGCCACACAACGGUCUGCAUCAAACCGUUCCGCAGCUUCAACGGUGCCAGCGUCUACAUCGAGCGGGCUGGGGAACUUGACCUGUUGAUGACGGAUGGAGGGCGGCCGGAGCAGGUGUUCUGUUUUCCGGCGGACGGACCUCAGAAGCCAGCCAUCUUCCUCCUGGCGAACCCGCAGAGGGAUAUCAGCCAACGCGCAGUAGGCUUCAGAUAUGAGUUGCUGGGCAAUCAGACCACUGCUCCCAACCUCGGCCGAAGUGUGUUGCAGGCUAGCUGCCGUCCCUGCAAUGACACAGAGCUCCUCCUGGCCAUCUGCAGCAGUGACUUUGUGGUUCGCGGCUCCAUCAGGAACGUAUCCCACAAUGCUGAGCGGCAGACAUCGUUGGUGGAGGUCUCAGACGGGAGGGUGUACCGGCAGCGUAGCGGGGUGUUCGAGCGUCACACUGGCACCAUAGGGGUUCCCGGUUCCAGUUCCUCAUGGCACGGUCACAUCCACACACUGUUACAGUGUCACGUAAAGCCUGGGGGCGGAGAGUUCCUAUUCACAGGGACAGAACACUUUGGGGAGGCCUGGCUGGGUUGUGCCCCCCGCUAUAAAGACUUCAUGUCCCUCUACCAAUCAGCUUGGGCGGCUCGUCAGAACCCCUGUGAGUUCCCGCUGGACUGAGGGUGUGUCCCAGUUCCUAGUGGCGAUCCAUGAGCCCUGUGACCUAUAUGUAGGGUUUAUUUUCUUAAAUGGAACACAUUGAGUCUCUUCUUUCUACCCCAGUUGGCAUGGUAGAGAUUAUGUUGCCGUGGCAGCAAGCGAGAUGAGUUCCUCACGACCACAGCGGUUUGAGAGAUGUUGUCCCUUCUACUCCUCAUAAAUCUAUACCGCUCACAACACCAGCAGGGACAAAUCUGUUGGAGCACUUGUAGAGCACAAUGAGUACAAGGCCCAGGGCAGGGGCCCACAGGGGACCCAUCCAGCCAGCACUAGAGGGGCCACCCCAGCCCCUGCCGGCCCCAGCAGGGAAAGACUUAGAGAGCCUGGCCCUUUGUCUGUCUCUCUUCUCAACGCCCACAGCUCCCAGAAACUAAAAAUGGUUUGACUGCUGCUUCACGCUUUGUCUCUCCCCACACCAACUGCUGCUUCACUCUGUCUCUCCCCACACCAACUGCUGCUUCACUCUGUCUCUCCCCACACCAACUGCUGCUUCACUCUGUCUCUCCCCACACCAACUGCUGCUUCACUCUGUCUCUCCCCACACCAACUGCUGCUUCACUCUGUCUCUCCCCACACCAACUGCUGCUUCACUCUGUCUCUCCCCACACCAACUGCUGCUUCACGCUUUGUCUCUCCCCACACCAACUGCUGCUUCACGCUUUGUCUCUCCCCACACCAACUGCUGCUUUACUCUUUGUCUCUCCCCACACCAACUGCUGCUUCACUCUUUGUCUCUCCCCACACCAACUGCUGCUUCACUCUUUGUCUCUCCCCACACCAACUGCUGCUUCACGCUUUGUCUCUCCCCACACCAACUGCUGCUUCACGCUUUGUCUCUCCCCACACCAACUGCUGCUUCACUCUUUGUCUCUCCCCUCACCAACUGCUGCUUCACUCUUUGUCUCUCCCCACACCAACUGCUUCUUCACUCUUUGUCUCUCCCCACACCAACUGCUGCUUCACGCUUUGUCUCUCCCAACACCAACUGCUGCUUCACGCUUUGUCUCUCCCCACACCAACUGCUGCUUCACUCUUUGUCUCUCCCCACACCAACUGCUGCUUCACUCUUUGUCUCUCCCCACACCAACUGCUGCUUCACUCUUUGUCUCUCCCAACACCAACUGCUGCUUCACUCUUUGUCUCUCCCCACACCAACUGCUGCUUCACUCUUUGUCUCUCCCCACACCAACUGCUGCUUCACGCUUUGUCUCUCCCCACACCAACUGCUGCUUCACUCUUUGUCUCUCCCCACACCAACUGCUGCUUUACUCUUUGUCUCUCCCCACACCAACUGCUGCUUCACGCUUUGUCUCUCCCAACACCAACUGCUGCUUCACUCUUUGUCUCUCCCCACACCAACUGCUGCUUCACUCUUUGUCUCUCCCCACACCAACUGCUGCUUCACUCUUUGUCUCUCCCCACACCAACUGCUGCUUCACUCUUUGUCUCUCCCCACACCAACUGCUGCUUCACGCUUUGUCUCUCCCCACACCAACUGCUGCUUCACUCUUUGUCUUUCCCAACACCAACUGCUGCUUCACUCUUUGUCUCUCCCCACACCAACUGCUGCUUCACUCUUUGUCUCUCCCACACCAACUGCUGCUUCACGCUUUGUCUCUCCCAACACCAACUGCUGCUUCACUCUUUGUCUCUCCCCACACCAACUGCUGCUUCACUCUUUGUCUCUCCCCACACCAACUGCUGCUUCACUCUUUGUCUCUCCCCACACCAACUGCUGCUUCACUCUUUGUCUCUCCCCACACCAACUGCUGCUUCACUCUUUGUCUCUCCCCACACCAACUGCUGCUUCACGCUUUGUCUCUCCCCACACCAACUGCUGCUUCACUCUUUGUCUCUCCCCACACCAACUGCUGCUUCACGCUUUGUCUCUCCCCACACCAACUGCUGCUUCACGCUUUGUCUCUCCCCACACCAACUGCUGCUUCACUCUUUGUCUCUCCCCACACCAACUGCUGCUUCACGCUUUGUCUCUCCCCACACCAACUGCUGCUUCACUCUUUGUCUCUCCCCACACCAACUGCUGCUUUACUCUUUGUCUCUCCCCACACCAACUGCUGCUUCACUCUUUGUCUCUCCCCACACCAACUGCUGCUUCACUCUUUGUCUCUCCCCACACAAACUGCUGCUCUCUUCAGGGUCUCAGUGCGAGAGGUGUCCUCUGAACUACUGUGGCAGGAAAUCAUAUGAAUUUAAUGUCUGAUUGUUAGGUUUUAUGUGGUCUUGUUUAUUCCUUUGUACAAUAGGUUUUGAAAUAUUUUAUUGUAAUGUAAAUGAAGUGUUUUGUAAAUUCACAAGGAUUUGCUUAUUUACAUAUUGAUUGUAUCAUUUUGGUUUUAUUACAGGGUAUGGAUGAUGCUACAGUGUAGGUGCAAACCUUCCGUUUGAUUACCAUUUAUUGCCAAAAUAUAUAAGCAAUGCUUGUGGGGAUUUCUUGUGUACUUUUUUGAUUGACUUGCAAUGCACUUUCAAGCAAUUACUUAAACAUAACAUUCUUUAUUAUGGUUCUUGAGCAUUAUGGGAAAAUAUUUGUUAAAAAUAGCUCCUCCUGUAGGAAAUAAUGAUCAUGAAUGUUUGCAUUACAAUUUUCUGCAACACAUUUAAAUGACAAAAACAUCUAUUGCACUAUUGUAUCUAUUGUCUAUUAAAAUAAUACUGUUAAAUGUG